AUGGAGCCCAAACAACCCAAGCCCAAGUCAGUGGCUCAGCGCAGAGUGUACGGGAAACGAAAAGCCAAUGCCCCCAGGGCAGUAUUCGAUCAAGGAAGUCCCGCCAGAGAGACCAAAUCCAAGACCCAACAUGUCGACCCCGUGGGAAGCCUCCAGGCGAAACUAGCCCAAGUGACAAUCGAUGACGACCCAACCCCUCAACCAGACAAUCAUGCAGAACCUCCAAAGACUAAAAGCGAGGAGCAAUAUUUGACGGAAAUCCCCUCCAAUGAAUCGAGUCCAUCCACGAUAGAGGAUACUUCGGACACUCCGACAACGCAAUCCUCCGUCGAGUCCUCCCUGGAGGACACAAAGCCAAAACAGAAGCAAUGCGAAACGAUGGUGGAGGUCAGAAUAUGCCCACAGGCUCCAGAAAAUCUCCCUCAAGUCACAUCAGAUUCCCCAACUACGACAUCAGAGUCCACGAGCGAGGAUCGAGAAAAGCCAAGUACAUCUUCCGACAGAAGGAGAGCGGAAAGAAAGAAGAUUCCUGCGUCCAGACGGUCAUCUGGAGUUGUCCAUGACAGCAAAGCCAGCGAGUAUGUUAGCCCAAUUUUGAAUGAGGCACUAUCUCCAAUUGCUGCGCAAGGUAUUCAGAAGUUCGACUCAUGGGCUUCGCGAUCAGCGAACAUGUUCGAUGUCGCAAAACUCGCAGAGGGAUCCUACGGUGAAGUUUACAAACUUCACCUACGGGAAGAAGUUUGUAAGACAGCGGUGUCAAAAUCAAAGUUGGCUAAACUGAAAUCAUAUGGCGAUGGAGUCUUCAAGGUUGUGCCUCUGCGCGCAAAGAGUGGUCUCGGAUCCAAAAAGUUCACCACCAUUGAUGAGAUUGUUGCUGAGGUCAAGAUGCUCAAGUACCUGGACCCGAUCCCUGGGUUUGCUCGCUUCAGAGAGAUUCAUGUUGUUCAAGGUCGUUUCCCAGAGUCAUUCCAAAAUGCAUGGGACCACUAUAAGAAGACCAAAGACGACUGCAUGAAUCCUAACCCGUCCAACAAAAGAGCUUAUCCCGAUACGCAGCUAUGGGCGAUCGUGGAGAUGGACGAUGCGGGAUGUGAACUGGAAAAGUUCGCAUGGUCGUCGAUUUUCCAGAUCUAUGAUAUCUUUUGGGGAGUUGCCAUGGCUUUGGCCCGGGCAGAGGAGUAUGCUAUGUUCGAACAUCGAGAUCUUCAUUUAGGAAAUGUUUGCAUACGUUCUACGCGGGAAGAUGGUUGCAUAGAUCCCCCCACAGAACACGAUGUUGCACGACAGCGAUCCUCCAGUGGAUUUGGAAUCAGCUCCCUUGAAACUACCAUUAUCGACUACUCGCUCUCUCGGGCGGAUCUCCUCCUGACCGAUGAUCCCGCCGGUCUCACUGAAGUUGCGUCCUCAGAUCUGGACAAGAAGCAAUUGUUCGAUGCCAUUGGACAAGAUGAAGACGAGAUUAUGCAAAGAAACACCUACCGAUAUAUGCGCGCAACACUCUAUACUGGUUGCCCUAUAGAAACAGAAAAGGUGGCGGAUAUUCCUGGCAUCUGGGCAGAAUACUCCCCACGCACCAACUUGGUCUGGCUACUGUUCCUGCUCCAGAGUCUGUUCAAGAACCGCAAACCUGAAGCAUUGCCUGCACAGCCACAACGAAAGGCUCUUGCAUCUUGCUCGCCCAACAAGAUGACACCGAAACCGGAGACAGCGAAAGGGAAAGACCAAAACAUGGUCGGGUCCCUCGUCAAGGAGAGACAAACCAAAGAAAUGCAGGCUGGUAUCUCACGGCUCAAGCAAACACUCGAUGACAGGCUGAAUGCCGUCCUCGAACUGCUCGAUUUGGAGCAUGGACAUGAAGACAUGUGUUGCGCCGCGGAUUUGGUGGCCUACGCGAUGGACUCGCAAUGGCUAGGCGAACAAGACUUUUUCUGA